AUGGUCUUUUCAAUUUUUCAUUAUUUAAAUGAAUUUUUUAAGAUUAUUCAUUUUUUGAAAAUGGAUUUUGGGAAUAAGAAAUUUAUUCUUAUUAGCUUUCUUCCAAGAACAAAGGAUAAUAAAGAUUAUUGUGUAAAUAUAAAUUUUCCUCAAACUCUUCACUAUUUUCUAAUUAGUAAUAUUAUUAUAUUUACUAUGGUUAUGUUUAAUAUUAUUAUUAUUAUUAUUAAUAUAAUUGUUAAUCUUAUUCCUUUUCUUCUUUUAGUAGUUGUUCUUAAGAAAUAGUUUAGGAUUUUUUAAGCUAAAAAUAACUUUCAAUGUAAUUUUUUAAUCUAUUGA